UUCCAGAUUUUUAGCCCAUCAUCUAAACCAUGGCAGACCAACAAGAAGCUAUCCGCUAUGCUGCUGAACUCUUCCCACCCUACCCGGAGAAGCGCGCGGACUUCCAGGGUACCCCCGGUGAACAGUGGUACGCAGACCAACACUACGACUUCAUCGAGAAGCUGAAGGACGCGGGGUUGUCGGAGCCAGAACAAAAAGAAGCCGUAGCUAUGCUUGACAGCUUGCUUGCGGCCGCUAGGAAGUAUGGCGCAAAGUCCAAGGAGUUCACCACUAGACAGUACAAGGUUGCGGAGGAAUGGGGGGCGAAGCAUCCUGUUGCGAUGACUUUCAUCAGCAAUGUCGUGGGCAUCGUGAUUGGAAGAGCCAUUGCGUGAAUUACUGAGUGUGCCAUGUUGAACGAGCUCUUCGUAUUCUGCGGGGGGGGGUACGAA